UGUAACACUCCGUUGCUAUGACAUCGGUUCGCGCGUGUAGGGACGCCAUGUUGAAUUUUGUAAACAAAGGAAUAAAAAAUUGAUUUUUGACAAAGAGUUGCUUCAAUUUAUGUAAAUUGAAACAAAAUAGCAUGGAAAAGCUCCAAAGAAUUUCACCCGACCGCAAAUCGCCCAAACGGCGACAAGUUAUCACGAAACAAGCGAAAAUAACGGCGGAUAAGUUCCUAGCAGCAAGUAUUGGGGACGUGGAAUGGUUGGACCAAAGUUUAAAAGACGGACAAGAUCCUUGCAGUUUUGAUAAGAAUGGUCUCACCCCCCUUCACCUCGCUGCAUUGCAUGGGAGGAUGAAUUGCAUGAAACUUCUUAUUGAUAAAUAUGAUGUUGAUGUUGAUGUCACUUCAGCCACUGGAUGGCACCCUAUACACCUGUCAAUCAACAAAGAGUCAGGAACAAAUGCCAUCAAGUGUAUGAAAUAUUUGUUGGAGCAAGGGGCUGACGUUAAUUGUGUAAACGAUGACAAUGUUACCGUGGUCCAUCAAGCUGCUACUGAGGGGUUGUUCGAUUGUUUGCAAGUUUUACUCCAGAAUGACGCGCCGAUUGACACUCCUGAUGUCAGAGGCCACACCCCGUACGACCUCGCCAAGUUAUGGAGCCACAAGAAAUGUGCGAGGGUCAUUCAAGAUGAAGUUUGGAAAAGAAAUAAAGUGAAAGAAGUUGUGGAAAAAAAGAAACUCAACAAGUUAAAGCAAGUAUAUGGUGACCUACAGAAGGAAGCAUUGCAGCAAAUACUUAAUGAGCAGGAGUUUUAUGGAAGCGUCACUUAUAGCAACUGGUUGGAGGAAAAAGGAUUGCCAGAAAACCUAAAAGAUACAAAGUCUUAUGCAAGAGAAAGGUAUCCUGACAGUGCAAUAGAUGGUUUAGCCAAACGUCUCAUGGUAAGCGGUAAGGUACAGGACUGCGCGUCAAGAAUGGACAAGUUAUCAUCAAAAGCAAAACCAGUUCAAACAAGAAAAAAAACAAUUUCUAAACAAGCUUAUCCAAACUCAACUGCAAAAGCAAAACCAAAGAUAAUUGAAACAUCAGACAUGCAACUAGUGAAGUCUCAAGGAGAGAUUGACAACAAACUUUCAACAUGGAAUAAAACACCAAAACCUUAUGCACCGAGAGGGCCAUUCUGGAACCCAAGUACAAACGUAAAUUCACCUCCUGUUACGAACAUUAAGCGUGCCGAUGAUGAAACGAUUCAUGAUUUGAGCAGAGAUGAGUUUCAGAUACUUCCACCUGAAGCUAAUUUAUCUGUAAAGCUUACAGGGAAUAGAAGUUAUGGCACAUCUAUAAGAGUAACACUACCUGGAGGUAGAGAGCAGAGUGCUUCCAUCCAGGUUCCUUCACUCCCUUCCGAAGUUAUACACAAGGCACUACAUGGAUCUUCAGAACGCGUCAAACUACCUCAAGAUUUUACUCCGGUCCAUAUAUUUGAUGUAAAGCACAAACGAAUACCACCUUACCAGCCACCUGUAGACGACAUAGGAAUGCAUCUGUCUAUACAUGGUAACCAUAAUAUAGCAUCAGCAGUGGGGAAGUCCCCAAGUGAGGAAUCUAUCCGUGAAAGAAUGAUUUCCACCCUAAAAAGGGGGGAGCCCAUGCAACCAUUCUUGGUGUGAUGCUGUUUUUUUUUAUUAAAAAUUCUCCAUUUGUUCCAUGUUAAGCAAUGAAAAAAGCUGUUACAAUGUAUGUAGAAACAAGACCUCUAACACUUAUGUAUCUGUUUUAUUUUCUAAGCAAAAAAUGAGUCUGAACUCUAAAUAGAAUAUCUGUACUUUCUGUUUAUCUAAGAAACAAGACUAGUAGAAUGUCUGUAUAUUUUUAAUAAACAUCUUAUAAACCAGUGUUUCCAAAUACUGUGUAGCCAGUUCAUUAAAAGUUAAAUUAGUCAAAAGGCUUUGUGAACCAUUGUGUUGGACGACCUAACCAAAUCAAGUUGUGACCCAUGGGCUGAGAAACAUUUUUUGGCUUGUUCUCCAAUCCUUACAUGAUGUGUUAUUAUAAUAACCAUGUCAACUAUGCUGAAUAACCUCAUUAUGUUUAAGCACAAGCUAUGUUUUCUGUACCUUGCCUGUUAUGUUCACCAUCUUCCAUGUUGUUUUCAGUAUUUUGUAUUUAAGUGUGCUUCAAUUAGAGUGAAAAUAAACAUCUUAAUUGCAAC